GCUGCUGCCGCUGCUGCUGCUGCUGCUGCCGCCUCUGCUGCUCACUGUGUGUGUAUGUAUAUAUAUAUAUAAGUGUGUCUGCGCUGGUGUGUGCGCCUGAUGAAAUGAAAUGCCAGGAUUGGGCUACCUCCAGGGAGAGCCUCUCCAUCCUAUAAUGUGAGCCAGCCAGCAGCACUGUGGGAUCUGGGAGAAGCUGCAUCCAUCAAGCGACGGGGCCUCCGGAGGACCAGGCGCAAUCCAACGGGAGGGGAGAUAUUUUUUUAAAUUAUUCUUCUCGGGCUGUGGAGAGAAGGGAUUGUCGUCAUACCCCCCCUUAUCCAUCCUCUUUUUUUUUUCUCACUGGUGCCCCCUCCUUCCUCCUCCGCCUCCACUCUCAUUUUUUCCCCCUCAUUCUUCUAGAGGCGCUCGUUGGAAUAUCAAACCUCCAUGUAUGACAAUUUGUACCUGCAUGGAUUUGAAGACUCGGAGGCGGGCUCAGCUGACUCAUAUACUAGCAGACCAUCAGACUCAGAUGUCUCUCUGGAGGAGGAACGGGAGGUGCAGGCCCAGGUCCAGAGCCAGAGUCCAAGCCAGAGCCAAGGACCGGGACAGAGCCGUCAGGAGAGGGAGCAGCAGGCCGCCAUUCAACUGGAGAGAGCCAAGACCAAACCAGUGGCAUUUGCUGUAAGGACCAAUGUCAGCUAUUGUGGAGCUCUGGAUGAGGAUGUUCCAGUACCAGCCACAGCCAUUUCCUUUGACGCCAAGGAUUUCCUCCACAUAAAAGAGAAGUUCAACAAUGACUGGUGGAUCGGUCGGUUAGUAAAAGAGGGCUGUGAGAUCGGCUUCAUCCCCAGCCCCCUGAAGCUCGAGAAUAUCCGGCUUCAGCAGGAGCAAAAGAGAGGACGAGUCCAAGGUAAGUCUGGAGGGAACUCUUCAUCCAGUGUAGAGGAUGAGGUUUCAGCCUCUAUCCGACCCCUCAUAUCCUCGGCAGGAAAGCAGAAACAGAAAGUGACGGAGCACAUCCCUCCAUAUGAUGUGGUUCCCUCCAUGAGGCCGGUGGUCCUGGUGGGACCCUCACUCAAAGGCUACGAGGUAACAGACAUGAUGCAGAAAGCUCUGUUCGACUUCCUCAAACACAGAUUUGAUGGCAGGAUAUCGAUCACACGUGUCACAGCAGAUAUAUCAUUAGCCAAGCGGUCUGUUCUCAACAACCCCAGUAAGAGGGCCAUCAUCGAACGAUCCAACACCCGCUCCAGCUUAGCUGAAGUACAAAGUGAGAUUGAGAGGAUUUUUGAGCUGGCACGCUCCCUCCAGCUGGUGGUUCUGGAUGCUGACACUAUUAACCAUCCAGCCCAGCUCCUCAAGACCUCACUGGCCCCCAUCAUCGUCCAUGUGAAAGUUUCCUCGCCAAAGGUUCUACAACGGCUGGUCAAAUCCAGAGGGAAGUCCCAGAGCAAACACCUGAAUGUGCAGCUUGUGGCAGCCGACAAACUGGCCCAGUGUCCCCCGGAAAUGUUUGACAUCAUCCUGGAUGAGAACCAGCUGGAGGACGCCUGUGAGCAUCUCGCUGAAUACCUCGAGGCCUACUGGAAAGCAACCCACACUUCGAUGGCAACACCCCUGAACCCUCUGCUGGGACGCAACCUGGGCCCAACCACCCUCACCCCCUACCCCACCAGCAUCUCUGGACUGCAGCAGAGCCAAAGAAUGCGACAGAGCAACCACACAGGAGACCAUUCUACUCCAAACGAACGACGCAACCUGAUGACAUCAGACGAAAACUACCACAACGAGCGGGCGCACAAGGGACGCAACCGCAUGUCGUCUGGCUCGCAGCAUAGCCGAGAGCAACAGGACCCCUACCAGGAUUACCAGGACCCCUAUCAGGAUGCAUACAAGCCACAUCGCAAUCGCAGUUCACCAGGCAGCUACAGCCAUGACUCCCGGCACCGGCUCUGAGCCCGUGUCGACCACCACCAGGGCCGCCCCGAAAUAAACGCUGCAAAAGAGCCAAGACGGUCCCAAAUUGUACCAUUUUCUUUGAGUUUGUUUGGCUUUUCUUCUCUUUCAAAGCCCAACAAAAUCCUAUCCAGGGGUAAAAUUUCAACCACAUGAUUCAACAGCUUAACAAAGAGGUUCAGGAUUCGCCUCUGCUGUAAUCUGAAUUCCUUUCGUUUAUGUUUCCGGGACCUGGUACUAACACAACGCUCAGCAGACGUGCAGCACAGAUUGUGCUUGUGGCGUACGUCGGCAAGCUCAUUCUGGAUAGCGGUCAGACGCCGGUGGUGUUUGGGCUUCCACGCGCCUGGGACUCAACACCGGGUCAGAGGGAAGUCCAGCGCACACAGACUGCUGAAGGCUGCCGGUGUUUCUGACCCCUACCCUGGGCCAUGUAUAAAUCCUCUCACCACUUAGCUUAUUGCAUGCUGAUAGAUGACCAACCUCCGCAUCCAUUCCAUUGAUGUUUUAUACCUAGUACUUUGGAUCCUCUGUGAUGAGCUGUAGACACGGAGGUCGGUUUUUUUCUAAACAAAAUCACCUGAUUGUGAACAGGCCGUACGUGGUGGGGUUAGUCGGAUGAUCUCUGGCUGCUAGUUUCUAAAAAAAAACAAACAAAAAAACUGGUGCUUCACAUUCCCAAACUAUUUUGCUAUUUGAAAGUCACUUUGAGCAAGGCCAGCUUUUCUGUAGCAUAGCGUUAGGAUUUCAUUUGGGUGAAGACCCCCGCUGUCAUGAGCAGAACAGAUUGUGAUGGUGCUGGGAUCAGAUCUCAGUUUCACUGUAGAGGAAGGCAAUACUGCUUCUGUUCUGAACAGUGAGCACUUAGAGAGUUAGAGAAGGCAAUAGUCUGUCAGACACAGUAGGAUAGUGAAAAACAAUAGCAAAAUACUGCUUGACAUGCCAUUUGAUGUUGUUAAGAUGGGGACUGGCAUUAAAAAAAAAACUAAAUGUUGAGAAACUUUGAGCAGGUUAGGAUGUUCUGCUGAUCAUUUUGCCCCUGCCAGCGUGAACGACAGAAGCUUUGGAUAAUUUAUUAGCACUGGAAUCAAAGAUGAAUAGAAGUAAAACUAAUGUAAAGGUUAACAGGUCAUGCAAUUGGUUCAUCGCCAUCUAAGUUUCCUCCAAUGGGAAUGUCACAUGACAGGAUCGGUUGCAUCAUGUUCAUCCUCUGUGUAGCUGGCAUGUUGUCCUGACUGCAGAGCAUGUUUCCUCCAAUCAUUAAAUAGAACCCUACUGUAAUCAAGUCAGUGUUUGUAGAGCUAUAGGGCGCCUUUCUGCGAAAAAAUAAAUAAGAAAAAAAGAAAAGAGAUAGAUGGCCCAAAUUACAUAUGAAUGAUCCCUGGAAGCCUGAGGUUUUAUAACUCAAUAACCCUCGACAGAAACGUUUAGAUGUUGAUUUAAGUCGCUCACAAACUAACGUCAAGUUUCAGUGGAUGCAUGACACAAAAGAGGAGGCGUUAGAACGAUUCAAGUUUCCAUUAAAACUGAAUAAUUUGAGUGUAAAACGGUAGAAAGUACACUGAAGCUGUCAAACAGUGAUGUAGCUCCACAUGGACCUUCACAAAAAGGUUCAGCUGAGAUAAAACGGGCAAAAGCUUAUCUGUAGAAGCUUUGGAUGCAAACAAAGCUGCUAAAUGUCUUUUUAAGGGUUUUUUUUUUUUCCAAGUUUAACGCACAUAUCUUGUUUUCUUGACAUAUCAAACCAGUUCAUAAUAAUUAUACAUAAAUUAUCUAAAACUUCUAAACCUGUUUGUGAUUAAAACAGGCUUUGAAUUAGAUUAGGCUCAAUCCAACGUCAUGAAUUAAAGUACAUAUUAGGACGUAGCAAAGUUAUGUUAGGGUACGGUUUAGGAAAAAAUAGUUUGUUAUAUUAAGAUGACAAGAUAACGGGUCUUAAAAAGUCUGAUCUCUCUUUUGUUUCUUUCUGUAAGAACAAACUCGUAACGUGUAUCAUCAAAUUUAAGUAUAGUCUUAAGUUGUCCUAAUAUUUUAUUGAAUUAAAAAGCUAUUUAUAUUUUCUUUGCAUAUUAAGAAGGACCAAACCUGACAUAAUAAACAUCAAAAUGAACUUAACAAACCAGUUAAAUCCAGAUUUUCAUUUUUUUUUAUUUAUUUUCUCAUGUCAUGUUUGUUCCUUCUUUUCAUGGUAGCAUCCACCAGUGAAAUGAGUGAUUCAUUUGCUGAUAUGUACAGUGUAAAACAUGUUAAUCAGAUGUUUUCUGGCAUAUUCAGACCAAUAAUGAAGCUAAUCUAAACACUUAGACAGCGUUUGUACAGUAGUGAUCGCUGCAGCACCACAUUAGAAUUGGUGCCUUACAAACAGUGAACAAACCUCUUGAACAGUCUGCUCAGAAAAAUAAUAGUGGCUAAAAAAAGGAUCCAUUCCGUUACAUGUAAUGGGCUGCAAAAUGAUUUUUAUCUGAGGUCUGUACAGAGUGCAUCUAUUUAAAGGUUUUUGUAUUAUGAUGUUAUGGUUCUUGUAAAUAAGAACAACAAACACACUCAGAGAAAACUUGAUUUGAGCCUUACUUUGCUGCAUUUACAGCCAAGAAGCUGCUCAUGUUUGGGUCUGAGGUUGUAGAUGGAGCAUACAGCCACUAGAUGGCGAUAGACUCA